AUGCGGGCGGCCAGCUCCUCUACUCAGCCCUCAUGGGCGAGUUUGUUGACAAUUGGUCUAGCAGGACUGGGUGCUGUCCAGGCUGUGGAUUUGGAUAUUGAAGAUGGAGAGUCUAUCAAAAAGGCAGCUAAGGAGAUUGCCACCAACAUGAUGACAUACUACACCGGUAUGAAUCCUGGGGAUAACCCAGGUAAUUUGCCUGAUCCAUACUACUGGUGGGAGGCUGGCGCAAUGUUCAACGCAUUGAUUGAUUACUGGUACUACACGGGCGACGAUACUUGGAACGACAUUACCAUUCAGGGUAUGACAUGGCAAGCUGGCGAGAAUGGCGCUUUUAUGCCCAACAACCAGAGUAAAACGGAAGGAAAUGACGACCAGGUGUUCUGGGCGUUUGCAGCAAUGUCAGCAGCUGAACGCAACUUCCCCAAUCCUCCGGACGACAAGCCCCAAUGGCUGGAGAUGGCCCAAGCAGUAUUCAACACCCAGGCCCCACGUUGGGACCCAUCCUCUUGUGGAGGGGGCCUGCGCUGGCAGAUCUUUACUUGGAACAAUGGCUACAACUAUAAGAACACCAUCUCCACAGGCGGUUUCUUCCACCUCGCCGCGCGCCUUGCGAAAUAUACCGGGAAUAGCACCUAUUCCGAUUGGGCCGAGAAGGCAUGGGAUUGGAUAUCUGACGUCGGCUUCAUGACCACAAACUAUCACUUCUGGGACGGAGCUAGUGAUUUGAACGAGUGUAAAGAGCUGAACAAGAUUGAGUGGACCUACAACAACGGGGUUUUCUUGCUUGGUGCGGCGAAUAUGUACAAUGCGACCGAAGAUCCCAAAUGGAAAGAUCGGCUGCAAAGAGUUCUCAACUCUACAGACAUAUUUUUCGCGACGACUCCGAAAAAUGUGAUGUAUGAGCGUGCUUGCGAGACGGUCAACACUUGCAUGGUCGACCAGCGAUCAUUCAAGGGCUAUCUCGCGCGAUGGAUGGCCUCUACCACUCAACUAGCUCCUUUCACCUUUGACCAGAUUAUGCCUAAAUUGAAAGCCUCAGGGCAAGCAGCCGCCAAAACCUGCACGGGAGGAGACCAGCAGACAUCAUGUGGUCUGAGAUGGACCGACCAAAAGUGGGACCAUACCAAGGAUUUCGGACAACAAAUGGCCGCACUGGAGGUUGUUCAGUCCAAUCUCAUCACACGCGUUGAUCCGCCAGUCACUAGCGAUAAUGGUGGUACCAGUAAAGGAAAUCCCAGUGCCGGUGGAAAGCCCCCAGAGCCAAAGCCAAAGGCUCUCUCCUACACCAUCACUACAGCAGACAGAGCCGGUGCCGGCAUCCUGACUGUGAUGAUGAUAAUCACCCUUGGUGGUUCAUGCGGCUGGUUGAUUUGGGAUUAG